AUGAGAUGGUGCUGCGGUGGGUCGUAUUCUGAAAAUGGAUCGGGCGGAUCGAGGAACACCCAACAACAGCCGACACCUUUGCUGACAACGGCGGGGACGGCUGCACAGGUGUCCACCACACACGACACUUUUGGACCCAUGCAGGUGAAGAUGCACAAGACGGCCGUCAUCGUGACAGAAGGUACCGGGGAAAGUGUGCUGCUCGACUCGCUUCGAUCGUCCGGCUGGAAUUGUACAGUUUCGUUCCCGACACAGGCCACAUCAGACAUUGAAUCCAUAUGCCCAUUAGCUGUAUUUAUCGAUCUUCGGGUGCCGCAUCCUUCACAAGUCGCAAAAGACGUCUCCUCGGUGAGCACUGAGGAGGUGCUAAUUGCGUCAAUUGCGGAAAAACACAUCAGUGAAAAACGACGGAGAGCUCUGGCGCAGUCAAAUAUUAUUCAUCAUGUGACGUGGAACACUCGAGAUGUUUCAUUAUUCGAUUACGUCGGACGGCUCGCCAACCGGAUUCGUGCUCUGCCGGCUCUUUUUACAGUUUUGGAUGAGACGGACCAAGCAGUGGAAGUGUGUGACGAGCAUCGUGUAGUGCAAUACGUGAAUCGUGCCUACGAAAACGUCACCGGUUGUAUUCGAUCCGAAGUCAUCGGACAGCCUGAAUCGGAAAUGAGACGGAAAUCAUUGCCAAGGGCACGUGGAGAGGAGGAGCGGAGGCGGAGCUCCGAUUGGAAAUUCAUACGGGUACCUUUUGCGAACAAUAGUCAAUUCGUGUAUAUGAAACGCUCAAACACAACCGGUGAAGCGGCAAUCUUCCGCGACGUCUCCCUCAAAUCCCUCAAAUCCCAAACCGGCGGAAUCGAAGCCCCGAUCUCCGAAGUGCUCACCAUGCUCCGCGACGUCUCGUGUCGUGUAGACGGUGAGCCAGCUCAAACUAUCAAAGACGCCAUGAAAGUUCUCUCCUCCCACGAGUUGUAUGCUCCAAGUAUCAAUCGAUUCCGUGACGCUGAUCGAAUCGCAACCCAAUACUACGAUGGUCUAAUCCGCCUACAUCAUCCAGCUAGGCAACGGAAGCGAAGCGUCGUAGAUGCUCAUCGAGAGAAGCGAGGAUCCCAUGGAGAGCGUCGAAGGGUGUCUGCAGAUGUAAAGAAUGCGUUGGAGAAUGACAACUGCUGGAAAUUCGACAUCCUUCAUUUGGAAAAAGUCUCCGAUCACCACGCAUUGUCUCAAGUUGGAAUGAAAGUCUUCGAAAGAUGGAAGGUUUGCGAGGUUCUCGGAUGCUCUGACGACCUUCUGAAUCGCUGGAUCCUCUCUAUCGAAGCCCAUUAUCACGCCGGCAACACUUAUCACAAUGCCACCCAUGCUGCAGACGUCCUGCAAGCCACGUCUUUCUUCCUGGACUCCCCAUCAGUAGCCAUCCAUGUUAAUGAGUCGCAUGCAGUUGCUGCACUCCUCGCAGCUGCAGUACAUGACCUAGAUCAUCCUGGAAGGGGAAAUGCGUACUUGAUAAAUACAAGACAAUCACUGGCUAUUCUCUACAAUGAUAAUUCAAUCCUGGAGAAUCAUCAUAUCGCACUGGCAUUCCAGUUGACGCUCCAACAUAAUGCCAAUGUGAAUAUAUUUUCGAAUUUAUCAAGAGAGGAGUUUAUCCAAAUGAGACAUGCGAUGGUGGAGAUGGUUUUGGCAACGGAUAUAUCCAGACAUUUUGAAUAUUUGGCAAAGUUUAAUAAGAUGCAUGUGACUGAUGUUGCGGAGGAGCAACGGGAUACAAACUCCUUGACCAUUUGCGAUAUGUUGGUGAAGUGUGCAGAUAUCUCGAAUCCGGCGAGAGAAUGGGGACUUUGUCAGAGAUGGGCCCAUCGUAUUGUUGAGGAGUACUUUGAGCAGACUCGCGAGGAAAAAGAAAAAGGAUUGCCAGUAACCAUGGAGGUAUUCGAUCGUAACACCUGUAACGUCCCGAUCACGCAGUGCGGAUUCAUAGAUAUGUUCGCUCGUGAAGCAUUUGCCACUUUUACGGAGUUCGCAAAACUCGGUGAGCUCUCUGAGCAAUUGGAGUCAAAUUAUGAGAAAUGGAAGCUGAUGACGUCACAAUGGACGCCGACACACAACACAAAUUUGGUGCUUUAG